AAACUGUUACUUCCGGCUCCUGCUCAAUAGUGCUAAGUGCCUGACUUUGUUCAGAGGUCGUUAACCAGUACAAUUUCUUAUGAAUAGCCUUCUAUAUAGUGAUCUGGUUUACAUACAGAACCAUGGUACCAGCCCAGGAUGGGUUCACCACAUCAGAGGCCACUUUGGCUCUUCCACAGGAUCAGGCUCAGUCUUCAGAUCGGGGACAUUCAAGGCAUAAUCUAAGACAGCAAGGCUCUCCCAUUCAUACUCGUAAGCUGGGGAUGACGAGGCGGCAGAAGGACAAAAAAGGCUUCAAAGAUGAAGAGAACCCUGAGGAAAGAGAGAAAAGGCAUAAAGAGCAGGAGCUAAUACCUCUGUAUAAAGAAUUGCUGUAUAGCAUUGCACACAAACAGGGCAAACCAGUUGUUGAGGUGUUUGAUGACAGUGAACUCCAUCAAUACAUGAGGGAGACUUUCUCCCUGACGGAGACCGAACACUUAAACUUGUUGGACAAAGUGCAAGACAUGGAGGCUCCGGUGUAUUGUCUGAUGGUCACUGUGAAGGAGGCUAAGGGUAUUCUAGGCAAAGAUGUCAGUGGCUUCAGUGACCCUUACUGCCUGCUGACCAUCGUCCAGGAGAAGAAGGAGGGCAGAAGAAGUGGCUCACAGCCGAGGCCCAGGAAAAGAGUGGUGAAAGGUGUGGUGCCGGCCGAGGAGAUCUACGAAACCGAUAUCAAGAAGCAGACCAUCAACCCUGUCUGGAACCAGACUUUCAUAAUGGAAUUCAAAGACACUGAAAGUGGAACAUUCAAAAUGGAAAUGUGGGAUAAGGAUGAGCAAUUGUCACUGGGACAGAAACUGGAAGAGAUGAAGACCAACUUCCAGGGAUUUAAGAGGAUGAUCAAAGACGUGAAGAAGGACAGGGGCCAGGAUGAUUUCUUGGGAAAUAUUGUGCUCAGCCUGAAGGAUCUUCACUGUACAGAGGACUGCUGGUACAUGCUGGAGCCACGGACAGAAACAUACCCUGACAGAGGAAAAUGUCACUUACAGUUUAAGUUCAUCCACAAAGAGAGAGACGAGAACCUGAGUGCAGGCCGCUCUGCCUAUGUUAACUACUGUGGCAUCCUGCAGCAGUUUGUCCAAGUGCACAUCUCCAAGCAGCAGCAGGGUAAUGGCACCUGGAAGGGAGAACUGUGCGGGGAGGGUCAGACCCUGCUGGAGCUGUAUGCAACACAGAAUGACCUUUCACCUUUCCUGCAGGACCUGUCGAAAUGGGUGGUUUAUAGUAAACUGUACCAGAGUUUAGAGCUGGACUCCACAGUCCUGUUUCAGCAGCUCACAAGCAUAGAGUACCAUUGGGACCAACAGGAACUCCCUUAUCAGCAGAAACAGGAACUGGGGGACUCUCUGCAUGGCUUCCUGCAAUAUGGGCUGUGUUUGGUGUCCAAGUACAGAGACAUCUUCCCCCCAACUCCCAGUGCUACCCCACGUCUUCACACACUCCUCAGGGUUCUGGUCCAGAUCUGCAAAACACGGGCUUUUCAGAAGCUGAACCCAGCCCAAUUUGAUCUACACCAAGAGGUUACUGAUGCUGUGCUGGGUGGCACACAGGAGUGGUUCAACCUCAAAAAGGGUCUCCACCAGCCUAUGAAGAAGAAUGUUUCAGAGAUAACGGGCGCCCUCUGUUGUCUGAUAGGAGAGGUGCAAGAAGAUGUCACGCUUAGUAAGGACGUAUGGAACAAGGUGUUUGUCAGUGCUGUGCAAGUGGAUGUGUUCACUGUCGUCUACCAGGAGCUGGACUCUUUGGUGUCUGUGGAGGUGAGGGACACUCUGGGUAGAAUUGAGAACCAGAUGGAUCAGGAGACAGCCAACAGUCUGUUCAAGCUCUACCUCAGCUUGCAGGCCAUUCACAAGCAAAAAGCAUUUCUGCAGAAGAGGGACAACGUGCUGCAGCUGGCAAACUUCCACACGUGUUUCCGUGAAUCUCUGCCCUUCUGGUUAAGCAAGGCCUACAACACCACCCUGGAGAGAGUCCAGAGAGCUGUACAGGUUGACCAGCUGCAGCCCCUGUUGGAUGGCUCAGUGCCCGUCAAACACAGCUCUUCUGCAGUGGACCUGGCUGCCUGUCUGCACCCCAUCUGCCAGCUGUGGGAGCAGCUUAGCUGGCCGGAUCCGGAGGAAGGAUUCAUGCUCAUGGUCAAACUCACUGAGGACAUCUGUAAAAUUGCGGUGACAUACUGUCACAUGCUGAAGCAACGGGUGCAGGCCCUGUCUGAGAACUCGGACCAUGGCAGCGCUAUCAACAAGCUGUGUGUGGUGGUGAAUGAUCUGGAACACCUUCGCACCGUGAUGAACAGACUUCCAGAGCAGCUCAACUGGGAGAUGCUGCGCAGUCGCACAAACAGCGUGAUUGGAGAGAGCCAGUUCCACAACACCUUGCCUUCCCAGCUGCAGCACACGCAGGGGGUUUUAACCCGAGAGAUCCGUUCUGCCUUGGAGACGCUGGGGAAGAAGCUGCGGGCAGACAUUGAGAAGUAUGUUCUCAGUAUGGGCAGUCGCCAGAGGACCAUCAGCCGGUCCACUGAAGACGCUGUAUUUCCUUUAAUGCGGUAUCUGGAGGAAGAGCUGCAGUAUAUGAACGAGAACCUGGUCCAGGAAAACUUUAACAGCAUGCUGGCUGUGCUGUGGACCAACUCUGUUCAGGUCCUGGACCAAGUGUCACAGCAGCAGAGUGGGUUGAUGAAGUUCUAUCAGAGACUGCACUACACACUGCAGUGUUUGGAGCAAUGCUUUCAUGCUGAGGGGAAUGGCUUGCCACUGGACACACUUCACACUGAUGACUACAAGAGGCUGAAAGCUCACCUGGUGCAGAACUCUCUCAGCAGCCAGCAGCUGAUUGAGAAGUUCCUGGAGGGAAAGGUGUGGGAGCAGAAGGUGUACAGUGGAGAGAAGUACGGAGCAGUCACUCUGAUUGGCUCGUAUAAUAGGUCAGACCAGCGGCUCCACAUCGAGGUCCUCAAUGCUGUCAACCUCCUGCCCAUGGACUCCAACGGCUCCAGUGACCCGUUUGUUCAGUUGUCCCUGGAACCGAGACACCGGUUCCCAGAGGUGGAGGCCCGCUGCACAAAAAUCAAGAAGCGUGAAAUAAACCCGCUCUUCGAGGAAGCCUUUGACUUCCUGGUGUCAAUAGAGCAGUGCCAUGCUGCGGGGGCGUCCCUGGUGGUGACAGUGCUGGACUAUGACACACUCCGCAGCGAUGACUUUGAGGGUGAGGCCUUCCUGUCCCUGAGGGCCGUGCCAGGGGUGGCUGGCUGCGGAGCCCAGGACCAGCAGGAUCCUACCGCCUCCGCUCAGAUACGACUGCCCCUCAUGCACCCGAAACCCAACGAGGAUGCCAUCCUGAAGCUGCUGGAGUCCAGGAAGGACGACCGUCAGGCACAAGCCUUUGUUAAGCUGCGCCGACAGAGAGAGAAGAUGUCUCAGGAGGCAUGAAUGAUGAAAGGGAGAGAGGGAAAACAAAGAUCACCAUGGAGACAGACGGUAUGUUCUGCCUAUGUGACCUGCCUGGCUGCUGAGAGCACAGCAACGUGCUGCACACCCAGCCUGUAUGGCUGCUCUGGUCAUGUGACCCACAAACCAGCCACUGCUGCCUGUGUGUAGUGGGACAAGCACAAAGCCCCCUUUCUUUUUGAAUGCAGUCAUUUUCUCUCUAUAUUUUGAUUGCAAAGAUUUUUAAGAUAUUUGAAUGUGUCACCUUCAGUGCCCCCCAAACUUGUCCCUGCCUCUACACAAGAGCCCUUGUUUACACAGUGGAGACACUGAGCCAAACUCGCCAUAAGUAUUAACAGGUAUAACAGAACGCAGUAAGGGGACAAUUUACAUAUAUUUUAGCUCCUUUGUGCUGUGUAUUAUGACAUGUUUUAUAUAUUUUUCAUUAUACAUUUGUGAGUGUAGGUCUUUUUGUGAGGUACAGAGCAGGCCAUACACAGUGCAGUCUGUAAGUAUUUGGACAGUGGUACAAUUUCUCUUCUUCUGGCUCUGUACUCCAGCACAUUUUAUUUUAAAUGAAACAAUGAAUAUGAGGUUACAGACCCGCUGAAAUCAAAAUUCAGUUUUUCCUCGGCUCACAUCCUCAUUUGAUGUCUCUCUCAUUUAACGUCAGGCAAAUGGACUCCCCGCGCAAAAAUUCCCCCGAAAGAUCUGUUUUAUUCAUGUAUAUGUCAUAUUGCUUGUGCUCCUGUAACUUCCGUUUGAGCUUGUCUGUAAAGUGCACUGUCGCCUUUAAUCCGAGGGUCUUUGCAUUCAUAUCAGUUCAUCUGUGUAGGAAAUGCAUCCCCAUUUUAAGGGACCAAAAGUAACUGGACAUUUGGCUCCUGAGAGAUUUUUGGUCAUCAACUGUCUUCCUUGGCCUCCCAGCCCCAUUGCAAUUACUGAGCUCGCUAAUGCUCUUUCUUCUUAAUGAUGUUCCAAAGUUUUGGGGUUUUUUUGCUUGUUGUUUGGCCUGUGUCUCUGACAACUGAUUAGAGGAACCCAUGGUUGUUAACACCAGAAAGAACAGCCAUGGCAGUUGGAUACUUUAAAAGGCAUGUUACUUCAGAAUAAAAAGUUCAGCCCUGGAA